UGAGCUCCUGCUCGAGUUGUUUCCGUCCAACGCCGGUGCAUCUCGCUCUGGCCUGGCAAGCGCCGUAACUCGCUAUGCUGGUAUCCGCACCCGCCCGCCAAUCCACCAAAGGAUCGUAGACGAACGCCUCCAGUAAGCUAGGUGAAUAAUGACUAUCAUUCAUGAUUGCGUUCGUUUCGCAUAAGAGAGCUUUCUGCGACCUUUUUCGAUCGCAAACGAGCAGCUGAUAGCGCAGCUGAUAGUUGCAGCACUUUUUGCGAGGGGAACCACCAGAUGAGUAGAUAAGUAAAAGCACUUCCGAACAAAGCACGGAUAGCAGCACAAUGUACCGUAUCAGCCAAACCGAAUCGUUUCGUAUCGAUCUAUUCUCCUCACACAUUGCGAAUGUUGUUGCAUCGCAAGUUGUUCUCGUCAACUUGAUCCGCGACCUUGUUACUUGAAAAAGUGACAAAAACGAACGAGAGAAAGAUUUCAUAGGUUUACGUAAUCUACGUGAUGCGUGAUUCGAUGUGUAUCUUGGCAUUUCGCAGAGUAUCCUCGAAAACCCGUUUCUUUCUGUGUGUAUGUGUGUACGUGUGCGUGCGGAAGAAGUAUGAAUCUAAAAGAGUGCAACGUUCCUGAGACAAAUGUCUCAGUAACAGACAGCGCCGCAAACAAGGAACAAGAUAGCCACGUGUUUUGGAUUCUGAUGGACUGCUUUUUGUUGGUUGCGAUCGUUUUGGGAAACGUUCUCACAAUAUUGGCCAUCAUGUGGGCUCGCAGGCUCCGAAAUGUCGUAUCAAAUUAUUUUAUCUUAAACCUAGCCGUGUCGGAUCUUAUGGUGGGCGUAACGCUUCCAUAUCAUUUAGCGUUUUACGUGGACAGCACGUUACACCAAAACAAAUCGGUGUGCAUCUCGCGCUUCGUAAUGUUCAGCUUGGCGUGCGGCGGGAGCAUAUACAAUCUGAUAGUGAUCGCCAUAGACCGAUACGUCGCUAUCGUACAUCCGUUGAGCUAUAACGUGUACGCGACUAAGCGGCGCGUCCUGCUGAUUAUAGUCAUUGCUUGGAUAUGCACUAUGGCCGUGUCAUCGAUUCCGAUAUAUUGGAAUUGUUUCGAUACUUCGCAGACGUGCGAAUUGGAAACGGUAUUGCCGAGAUUCUACAUAGUGGCUAUACAGAUGCCGGCAUUUUUUCUCAGUUGGAUAGCAAUGUUUCUGCUAUAUUGGAAAAUCUGGAGAGAAGCGCACAUGCACGCGCGACGCAUGAACCUUAGUAUUGUCCCAAACAUCGCUGAGAAAAACGAUCGCAAAAGCGUACAGGUGGUGUUGCUGAUACUGGGAUGUUUUUCAAUCUGCUGGUUCCCGUAUUUUGUCGUGGCGUGCAUGCGAACCUUUGGUUGGAGGACAAACUCGAUGACAAUAUGGUACAAAUCUACGUUUGCAUUGGCCAUUGCCAACAGCGGAAUGAAUCCCUUCAUAUACGCGUGGAAAAAUACCAAUUUUCGCAAGGCUUUUCAAAAAAUUUUACAUUUUAAAUCGCCAAAUGACAAUUUCAACUCGAGCUUCAAAAUGUACUUGGAAAAACAACGCGAACUAAAAGGCCAGGCAGACGUACAAGAUGGCCAUAUAAAUGGAAGCAACAAUUCGCAUAGAUGUUUACCCGUUUUUCAAUCUGAUCACAUUGAAGAAAACAGAAUGGAAAACACCAUUUUAUAAAUUCCAUUCAUAUUCAAAAUUAAAAAUUAUCUAAUGGAGUGAAGAAUUAUAAAAUGUCCUGUUUUUCUGAAUUUUAACAUCUGUAUUUAUCUCUAAGAAUACUCUUUCUCUCUCUCUCUCAAUAAAAAAAUUAUAAAACGAAAAUACAUUUAUAAAGAACCGCAAUUAAAAAAUAUACUCAUAUGAUGCAAAA